UAACUUGCAUGAGCUUGCGCAGAUUGGAAGACAUUCUUGCAGCAGAUUUUACGUCACGUGUGGAAAAGUCUCGAUCGACGCAGAUCAACAGUCACCUCUCAGAACAGCACCAGAAAAGACACAAUGCCGAGACGCGGAAGGUCAGCAAGUCCUCCACCCAGGGCUGCGCCCAGGGCUGCACCACCACCAGCCCGCGUUCCAGCUCCGGUCCCUCAGGCCCACCCUCCUGCACCUAUGAUGGCAGCCCCCCAGCAGGGGCCUUCGCUGAUGGGACAGAUGGCUGCCACUGCUGGCGGUGUGGCCAUCGGAUCGGCCGUGGGCCACACCAUGGGACAUGCUCUCACAGGAAUGUUCAGCGGUGGAAGCUCGGACCAACCUGCAGCUGCUGCACCUGCUGCUGCUGCCCCCGUGCAAGGCCAAGGCCCACAGCAACCCCAGGGCCCCUGUGCUUGGGAAGUUAGCCAAUUCUUGCAAUGCGCCCAGAACCAAAGCGACCUCACUCUCUGUGACGGGUUCAAUGAGGCCCUUAGGCAGUGCAAGUCUGCUAACCACAUGGCGAUGUAAAAUGCAGUCCCUGUUGGUUUAGAGUACAACCUUAGAAGAUAAUUCACAAGCAAGAGAGAGUGAGCAAGAUUAUCCGUGGUAGUUUCGAAUUUUAAUUUCUCAAGCCUCUUUCCAAUACCUUCUGUUUUGGCUUUCAAAGAAUUCCAGUGAUAAAUGGGCAGUAGAAUAAAAGUGGUUUGAAAAAAUUGUUGCCAGUUACUAUAU